AGGUGGGAGUGAGUGAGAAGGGGUUUUCGUUUUCGCCUUUUUUUCGGUUCAAAGCGAGAGAGAGAGCUUCGGUUUCAUCAUCAUCAUCAUCUUCUCCGUCGUGCGGCGCAACCCUAGAAAGUCCCGUAGUAAGCGAGCCCUCUGGGGCGUUCGCAGAUCUGGGGUUGGUCACAGAAUCAGAGAAGAGGGUAAGGGAGAGGGGGGAGGAGUGGAGGAUGAGUGGCAAAGGCGGUGGAGGCGGCGGCAACGGAAAGAAAAGUAAUGGAUUAGCCGGGGUUCCUUCGGCGUCGAGGAAGGUGGUACAGAGCUUGAAGGAGAUUGUCAGUAAUUUUCCUGAGCAUGAGAUCUAUGCUAUGCUUAGAGAGUGUAAUAUGGACCCCAAUGAAGCUGUCAGUCGCCUCCUCUCCCAAGAUCCUUUUCAUGAGGUGAAAAGCAAACGGGAAAAGAAAAAAGAGAAUAAGGACAUACCUGAUUCCAGGUCUCGUGCAACAAAUUACUCAUCCAGUCGCGGUGGUAGGGCUGGCACAGAUCGUUAUGCUGGACGUGCUGGCACAAAUCAAUUCAAUAGCAGUGCUACUGAUUCUGGUCUCCUGCAGGGAAGACCUGGGUACAAGAAAGAAAAUGGGACGAAUGCUCCUGGAGCUCCUACAUCUUCUUCUGGCAUCUUGGGGAAUAAUGUGAACUGGCAAUUGCCGUCUCACAGUGAUUCUGUGGCGAGUGAAUUAUGUGGGGGUGAUGGACUAUCUUCAUCAUCACAACAUGGGGGAUUGCAAUCCGCAUGGAUGGGGGUCCCAGGUCAAGUAUCAAUGGCCGAUAUUGUCAAGAUGGGUAGGCCACAGGCCAAGGCUUCUGUUCCUAGUUCUUCCAUUAACAGUAACCAUCAUAAUGUUUUGGUACCUCCAUCUGCAUCACAUCAGAGCUUGCACUCAUUGCAUGUGUCAGAGGCAAAUGCUGAUCAAGGCUUUUCUGUUAGCCAUGAUCGUCAGAAUGAUGAAUGGCCUUCUAUUGAGCACCAAUCAAGUGCUAAUGCUUCCUCUAUCACUGGUGCGCUUCUGAAUUCAGAGUACUACGGAAUCCCAACUAACUUGGAUGAAGCUAAUCGGCAGCAAAAGUCCCAUGUAGAAGAACAUUUAGCUGACGAUGUUCCUCUUGAGACUACAGACAAUGUUGAACCUGCUUCUAUUUCUGCUACAUCUGAGGAUAAUGGUGGAGGUGCAUCUGUUUUUGAUGAUAACUUGUACGAGGAUAAAAGUCCUUACCAACAUCACCGACAUUCUUUUAAUAAUAAUGAAGCAGAAGAUGGUGUUUCCUCAAUGUCUGCACACUUGGAGCAGCUGAAUUUACAGAAAGAUGAUCAGGUGGAAGAACCAGAGGAGGAAACUGAUUCUGUUGUGAUUCCAGAUCACCUGCAACUCCAUAAUCCAGAAUGCUUGAAUUUGAGCUUUGGGAGUUUUGGAUCGGGAACAAAUGCUGCCUUUCCUUCUUCUGGGCCAUAUGCGUGUGGGCCUGUGAAAAGUAACUCAGAGGAGACUUCUGGAGCUACCGAUGCUGCAACAAUUGGUCCAUCAGAUUCUAGGAAUUCUGACUAUUAUGAGGAUGAACAUCUCACUAGUACCUCUGAUGGAAACUUGGUUCAAAGGACUGAUGUGACUGCUGGGUCUUAUGGGUCUCCUUCCAUUUCACAACCAGAGGUGUUAAAAGCAGAGUCUCCUCCUGAGGCUGUUCAGGGGAAUCAAUAUUCAUUCCCCUCAUCUUCACAUGGGUUUACUUAUGAUAAUAGUCAACAACCAGAUGUCCCGUAUUCUCAUUCACAAACAAACACACCGAUGCAGAACCUUGCUCACUUCUCAAGUGUAAUGGGUUAUACAAGUUCUUUGCCCAGUGCUUUGUUGGCUUCAACUGUUCAGACGGCAAGGGAGGAUGUCCCUUACUCACCUUUCCCUGUGACACAAUCAAUGCCUGCAAAAUAUAGCAACAUUGCUUCUUCAGUUGGUGGUCCCACCAUAUCCAUGUCUGAGGCUUUAAGAGCAAGCAGUAUUUCUACGCCUCAACCAAAUCCACAAACUCUGCCUGGUGCCAGCGUUGCAACUGGUCCUUCACUUCCUCAACACAUGGCUGUGCAUCCAUACUCUCAACCAACUCUUCCUUUGGGGCAUUUUGCUAAUAUGAUUAGCUAUCCGUUCUUGCCUCAAAGCUACACCUAUAUGCCAUCAGCUUUUCAGCAGGCUUUUCCCGGAAAUAGUACAUACCACCAGUCACUGGCAGCCGCUCUUCCCCAAUAUAAAAACAGUGUUUCUGUUAGCAGCUUGCCUCAAUCUGCUGCAGUUGCUUCUGGAUAUGGCUUUGGCAGUUCAAACAGCAUUCCCGGAGGAAACUUUCCUCUGAAUCCACCUGCUGCCCCUGCUGGCACAACCACUGGUUAUGAAGAUGUUAUAAACUCUCAGUUUAAGGACAGCAAUCAUAUGAUCUCCCUACAGCAGAAUGAGAAUUCUCCUAUGUGGGUUCACGGUCCUGCCUCCCGGACUAUGUCUGCAGUUCCAGGCAGCACAUAUUACAGCUUCCAGGGACAAAAUCAGCAAACGAGUGGAUUCCGGCAAAGUCAGCAGCAGCAACAGCAGCCGCCAUCACAGCAUUUCGGACCUCCUGGGUACCCGAAUUUCUAUUCUCAGACAGGCAUUUCUCUGGAGCACCACCACCACCAGCACCAACAGCAAAAUGCAAGGGAAGCAUCACUUGCUGGCGUUUCUCAAGUCCCUCAACCUUCCAAGCAAUCUCAGCAACUAUGGCAUAACAGCUACUAAUCACAGUUACCUCCUGGUUUUUCAGGGUCUUGACGUGAGUUUGAAAGUAGCCAAUCCGAGGCAGUUCUACGAAUUAAGGUGAAAAAUGUAUCAUUAUUUGGUCUCAACAGACCUUUGACUGGCUGCUGCCCUGUACCACGAGGUCCCCCCAUAAUUAUGGUUGUGAUGUUUAACGUAGUUACAACGUGUGCUAAUUUGGUUUCCUCAGUACAUUCUUUUUUUGUCCCCCCAUCCUUUAGUUGUUCCCUCCCUUGUUUGGAAAUCUCAGGUUUUGCCCCUUUUGUUUUUUGAUGCGCGUGUGGAAAAUAGUAUACUUUGUAUUCUCUUGAACAAAGACUUGUAAUUUUGAUCCGUCCACCUUAAAAUAUAACACAUCUUGUUUAAAUGUGGUGGAUUGAAUAAACAAUCGAAUGUAUGCUAGGGUUUUUAAAAAAAA